AUGGAAGCUGCCCUUCAGAGGGGCUCGUUUAGUUUGCAUCCUCGGUCUCUCGUGUCUCCUGCGAAAGCCCCCUCCCCUUCCGGUCUCGACCUUGCCCUGUAUCAGCUCACUCGGGCGGCUGUGGUGCGUUGGCGGAGACGCCUCAGAGAAUGGGAGGCGAGUCCAUGCGAUUGCGCGUCGCCUCCCCCAUUUCCCUCUCCUCCUCUCUUAUCUUCUUGCUCCUUUUAUUCCCAUUGUGCCCUCUCAGGUGCCGCCGCGAAGCCCAGCUUCGGCAUGCGCCUGAAGAGCUGGGGCUGCCGCGCCAUCACAGGCCCGAGCGUCUCGCACUCCAUCCUCUUCGGCGUUGGAGCGGGCUUCUGCGCGUAUGCAGGCUACUACCUGUACCGCGCUGUGCGGCUGACUCUGUUCGACACGGAGAACGUCGCGCUGCAGUCUCGCCUCCGCUACGCAGAGAAGCAGAAGCUCUUUCAGCAGGAACUGGAUCGCGAGCUGGCGGCAGGCCAUAUCGCCAGUCUGGUCGCCGAGUAUGACCCCGUCGCCACGCGUCUGCCUUUCCAGCCACUGCAAGACCGCUAUCGAGUCUGA